AUGAAGGUUGCUGCAGUUUUUUUAUUUGGCAUAUUAUUAAGUGUCUUAACAGUCACGUUUUCGGCACCCAUUGCUGAAAAUGAACAACGACCUGAAUACUUGGAAUAUGAUACCAGCAAAUUAAACUAUCAACGGGGGCAAAGAUUAAGUGAAAAUUACUAUGCUGUGUCGCCGUGCGCCGCCGCCGCAGCAGCAGCAGGAUCGAACGGACUAGCGAGAUCAUAUACUCCAGAUGUGAUGUACCCAAGUAAUAUUGGACACAGAUAUAUUCCCAGCACUUAUGAUUAUGGAAGUCAAGGCUAUGCAGGAAAUAUGUAUCGCACUGAAGAUCAAUACAACGAUAAUCGCGAAGUGAUGAGCUAUUCGGAUAUGAAUUUUCUGGAACAAGCACCUAUGGCUAGAUCAAAUUAUGGAGUUGCCACAUCUUCACUACCCCUGAAUGCUGCGAAUCUAGCCAGUUUGAGUGGUCAACUAGUACAUCCAGUGGCACCUAUAUACGGGAUGUUCCCUAACGGAAAUGUAGGAGGAUGUAACGUACCCUUGCUUUUCAGUUGCACGCCAUCAAUUGUUCCCGGACGGAUAGUCAAGUCGGAACCUCAUAUUCCAUAUAAUUCUCCAGUGAACUCGCAACCAGAUGCUUACCGUGAUGUAUCAGAUCACUACCUUCACGCACUACAAGCAAACCACGCAGAACAAAUGGUGCACGACCAUAUAAGCCCAGUAAAGAGUGAUGUCGUACAUCUAAACGACAAACACACA